AUUUGGUGACUUCCCUCUCCAAUCAUCUUCCUCAUCUCUGACUUUUUCCCCAGAGACUUCAUUUCUCUUUUGCUGGCUUCGAUUCGGAAACCUCAGUACCGCACUGACCAUUGACCCAAAACUUAACAAGAAAAAUUUACUAAAUCUUCACUUUUACUCUUAAUUCAGAUGUCUUGGUUCUUCAAGACUCUCCAGUCCAACGACGACCUCCAAUCUCCCCAUCCUCACACAGCCGUUACAUCCGCGUCUUCACCAGAGCGGAGCUCCUCCGGCAAUCGCCACGGUGGGUCUGCGAUCAAAGAUGACGUAUCCUCUCUUUUCCGAGGCGUCGCCAAUUUCCUCGCUCCGCCGCCAUCUUCUUCUUCCGCUGGCAAUUCUGUGGACUCGUCGUCAAGAAGUCUUGAUGUCGAUGGGAUCAGGAACGAUCUGGCGGAAAUCGGUGGAACCUUCAAGAGCUCGCUCUCCCUUCUCUCCUCCAAUAAAGUUGUCACUGGAAUUUCUGAGUUUGCCUCUCAAUUAAUUCUGCCUGAGGGCCAAGCUUUAGAGGAUGAUCAGGGAGAUGAUAAUGGUGAAGGUGAUGAUCGGAAUGAUGGGGUUGUUCCGGGGACGACGGAUGAGGUUGUUCGUUUUGUGAGAGAAAUUUCUAGGCGGCCCGAGUGUUGGAUAGAAUUUCCAUCGCCACUCGAUCAUGAUUUCAGCAUGUCCAAUUCCCAGAGAGAACAUGUAUUAACUAUAGAAAGACUGGUGCCUGAAUUGGUUUCACUUAGACUCAAUCUUUGCAGCUACAUGAACGUGGAAAAAUUCUGGAUGAUCUACUUUUUGCUGUUGCUUCCAAGACUAGAUCAACGUGGUUUUGAGUGCCUGUCAACCCCCAAGGCAAGCUAUGUUUCUUCAGAU